GUGCCGUCGGAGCGUUCCAGCAUGGAGCGCGAGUCGAACGCCACGGCAGCCGCCCCUGCUGCAGCCGCGCUCUUCGCCUGGGGUGCAAAUAGCUAUGGGCAACUUGGCCUUGGCCACAAGGAAGAUGUGCUUUUGCCCCAGCAGCUGAGUGACUUCUGUAAUCCUGGAUGUGUCAAGAGUAUCACGGGAGGAGGGGCCCACUCUGCUGUUGUCACAGAUGAAGGGAGCCUUUUUGUCUGUGGCCUGAACAAAGAUGGGCAACUGGGGCUUGGUCACACCGAGGAUGUCCUGUACUUUACCCCCUGCAAAUCCCUCCUUGGAUGUCCCAUCCAACAGGUGGCCUGUGGCUGGGAUUUUACCAUUAUACUUACAGAAAAUGGUCAAGUUCUAUCAUGUGGAUCCAAUUCCUUUGGCCAAUUAGGAAUUCCUCAUGGGCCUCGAAGAUGUGUGGUCCCCCAGGCCAUUGAGCUCCUGAGAGAGAAGGUUGUUAGUAUUGCUGCUGGACUGAGGCAUGCUUUAGCUGCAACAGCUAGUGGCACGGUGUUCCAGUGGGGAACUGGUUUGGCAUCAUCUGGACGGCGGUUGUGCCCUGGGCAGACUCUCCCACUGUUUUUGACAGCAAAGGAACCAAGCAGAGUGACAGGCCUAGAGAAUUCUCAAGCAGUAUGUGUUCUUGCUGGCUCAGACCACUCAGCUUCACUGACAGAUGCAGGAGAGCUGUUUGUUUGGGGAAGCAACAAGCAUGGGCAACUGGCUUCCCAGGCUGCUUUCCUUCCUGUGCCCCAGAAAAUAGAAGCACAUUGUUUUCAGAAUGAAAAGGUUGCUGCUGUCUGGAAUGGGUGGACACACCUGGUUGCUCAGACAGAAACUGGCAAGGUGUUUACCUGGGGCCGAGCAGACUACGGUCAACUGGGGAGGACAUUGGAGUCUCAUGAAGACUGGAAACCAAAGAAGCAGGAUCCAUCCCUCCGCUGCUCCAGGCCAUCAAAGAGCACACCUUCCUCUCUGCAUUGCUUAAUGGGAGCAACUGAGGUCUCCUGUGGCUCAGAGCAUAAUCUGGCAGUGAUUGGUUGCGAUGCUGUGGAAGAAUCUAAGAUGUCCCUCAAGACUCCCCCUGCUCUCCUGCCACGAACACAUCCUUACUAAUCUGUGAAUUUGAUUAUUUUACCCUCAUGAAUAGGUUAUGUCACAUGGCACAGUUGACCUUAAGAUUGGGAGAUUAUUUGGGUAGUCUUGACCUAAUCACACGAGCCCUUUAAAUGCACAGAGCUUUCUCCAGCUUUUGGCAAAAGAAGAAGUCAGGGAUUCAAAGCAUGAGGAGGACUUGACAUGCCGUUUUUGGCUUGAAGAUGGAGUUGGCCAUGUAGAAAGGACCUAAGAGAGAAUUUUAGGAGCUGAGAAUGACCCCCUUCCCCACACCCAGCAAACAGCUAGCAAGCACACAGGGACCCGAGUCAUAAAACCAUAAGAAACUGGAUUCUGCCAACAACUUGAGUGAGCUUGGACGUGGAUUUUUCCCCACAGCCUCCAGAUGAGAACUCAGCCUGCUGACACUUUAACUUCAUCCUCAUGAGACCCUGAACAGAGAACCCAGCCAUGCCACGCCAGAUCCCUGACUGUAGAACUCUGAGCUAAUGACAUCAAGACACCAAGAGUGAACCCUAACAUAAACUAUGGCCUUUGGGAAAUUAUGAUGUGUCAAUGUAGGCUCACUGAUAUAAUAAAUGUACCACUCCCUGCAGGAUGUUGUGUGGCAUUGUGUUAAGCUGCUAAGUGUGUGGUAAUUAUGUUAGGCAGUAAUAGAAAACUAACACAAAUACAAUCUCAAUUCAGAGAUUACAAUGUCCAGUCUCAUGAAAUGAUCAAAACUCUGAAAAGUGACUUAAGUGGAGGUUUUCUCCCCUGACCUCCUGCUUGGGUCUCCUGUGGGUGGGAAAUCCUGAGUCAAUAAGACCAGCUACUGGAGGAAGAGGAGACAAGAGGGGCAGGGACAUUGUUUUUUUUUUUUUUUUUUUUUUGGCUGCACCAUGUGGCUUGCGGGAUCUUAGGUCCCUGACCAGCUAUGGAACCUGGGCCCACAGCAGUGGAAGCGUGGGGUCCUAACUGCUGGACGGCCAGGGAACUCCCAGGGCUGUUCUUCUUUCACUCAUACUAUUACAAUAUUCCGGUAGAAGUGCUCUCCAGGCUUAAAAUAUGUUUUAAAAUUCCCUCUUUCCAUCUUGGAUGCUUUCACAAGUCCUUUGGAGACCCUUCCUACCCUCGCUGCUGGGAACCUCUCACCUGCACCUCUGUUCCACCGAUCUCUCGCUCCUCUAGGAUCUCAGUGGUCUACCUCCAGUUUUCUUCUGCUGAGGCCCCACUGCUCUCCAGGUGGCCUCUAGGGCAAGUUCUAAGGCACCCCAUAACGGCUCUUUCUUAUGUGGCCCACAUAUAGUCCACAGGAAUCCUUGCCCAGACACUUCUGGGAAGGCAGCCUUUGACUCUGCAAGUCCAGGCCAUUUGAGCCAUCUUAUCACUCUUUAGGUUUUGUACGCACGACUCAGAUGUCAGCCUACUAUGUCCCCCAACUGCAGGGGAGACAUGUUAAGAUCCCCAUGUGGUCUCCUUAAAGCCCCUCUUUCUUGACUUGAGGUAAAAAGGAAAGCGUACCCCCAUUCUACCCCAUGGGGGAAUCUUCAUGGCCCCAAAAGCCCUCCCCAAAGGAAAUCCUCCCUCAAACCCUCAGUGCCCUGAGAUGACUGGUUCUCAGCCUCCUAGUUAGAAAUGCUUGCAUCUUAGUUCAGGAUCUCACUCUGGAAUGUGCCUCAGUGA